UUGGCACCGAACGGUCUACAAAAAUGAGCGAAUUUUCCGGCCGCAGUUCCGCUUCCGCCUGCGCCUGUUCCUCUUGUUCCUCGUUCCCAGCAGCUUGUUUUGAUUAUUAUUAUUGUUGUUAAAAGAAAAUUACGAAGAUAAAGUGCGUUGUUGAAAGUGUCAGGCCUCGAGGAAAAGCGCCACUCAAAAACCAAGUGUUUUCCCGUAUUUGUUGUGGUUAUUUUAUUUCUGUAGAGGAAAAACCAGGAGUCAAAUCCAGGAAGGCGAGCGGAAAUGCCUCGUAAUUGGUAGGGUACCCCCAUGGAUGGGACUCCUCCGCCGGCUAUGAUGAGCUUCACCAUCAGCCUGGCGCUGCUGCUGCUGGCGGUCCUGGUCAUGUGCCUGCUCUUCGCCUGCCACUGCCUUGGGCCGAGGGCCGCCAACUGGAUGAGGAUGAGGUCCAGCAAGGAGGAGAAGAUCGGACUGUCCAACCACAAGCACAAGCUCUUCCAUGCCAAUGGCUAUAUGGCUAGUAUCCAAUCCGGCUCGGAGUUUCUGCUAAGCACCAGCGGCAGCUUCAAGCGCUUCGACACCAUCGACAAGGACGACUACAGCCGCUCCCAGCAGACGCAACUGCUGCUGAUCAACGGCAGCGGCGCCAUGUCCAUACCAGCGGGCGCCUCCUCUACCAGCACCACCGUCGUGGAGGCCACCACACCCAUGUGGAACCUGCCGCUGGCGGACGGCGGCAUACCACCGCAGCCGCUGAGGCCAGCACCGGCUCCAAUUCCAAACUCAAGUGGAGCGCCAACACCCAAUAGCGCUGGACCCACCAGCAAGACGGUGUCUUUCUCCUUCAGCCAGGUGAACGAGGUGGGAAAUGUUUCCAUAUCGGCGCCAGUCAUCGGGGAUCAGGAACGUCGCUCUUGCCUCCGGUUGAAUGGUGGUGGCUCUACGUUAGUGGGCAUCCUCCCUCAGCCACUGGAGGCACCACCACCGCCACGGCUCACCACAUCGGCGUCGGUGAACCUGUCGGCCACUGCUAUACCGCGACCGACGGCCAAGCGACAGGUGUCCCUGCAGCAGGGAAUCAAUGGAGGCCAACAGGUGGCUGCCGCUGCUCCCAAUUCUAUUUCUGCUCCUCCUCCUGCUCCCCCCGAGGAAACGGAGAGGCGAACGCCGGCGCUGAAACGUAGGAACUCCAGCACCAAUCCCUUUCUGUGCGAGUCCACGGAGCAGAUGUCACAUACAGAGCCUCCAGUGGUGUCCACUUCCUCUGCCACGAUUUCUGCUGCUGAACAGGAAUCUGUCCAGGUUCAGGCGCCUUCCUUGGAGAGCAGCUCGCCUCACCAUAAUGGCAAUCCCUUUGUGGAGUCCCAGAGUUUGUCCAGCCGCCUACUGAAGCUACAAAAUACCACGAACCCGUUUACAGGACUCUCGCAACGGGUCAAGGGACCGCACCUGCUGCAAAAGACCAUCUCCGAGGACUAUCUUUUCCGCAAACUGGGCAUGACCAAUGGCCAUGUGAAUGGCAAUGGGAAUGGUAAUGGGAAUGGUAAUGGCACCUGGUCCUUUGGACGCUCCCUGCUCCGCCAGGACUCCACUUUGAGCCUGGGCAUGGGCCUGGGCAGGCGCAACAGCUCCCAGAUAUCACUGGACUCGGCCUCGGGCUCGGUAAGUGGCUCCCUGGAGGGCAUCAAUCUGGAGCGGGCAAUCUCCUGUGACUCUGUUACCUCGGACUCGACGCUCUUCCUGGACCAGCUGGAUCAGCCCUACACCCAGAUCACCGGAUAUCUAUGCGUGGGCCUUAACUAUGACAAGAACAGCAUUAGCAACGAGGGCAUGGAUCUCACGGUGAGUGUCCUGGAGGCCAAGGGUCUUAUUUGUCCCUUUAGCGUGGACUCACUGGACACCUUUGUGCGCAUCUAUCUGGUGCCCGAUCAUCCGGGUGCCAUGCAGACCAAGGUGGUCAAUGCUGCCCUGACGCCCUGCUACAACGAGAGCUUCAACUUUUGGCUGCAGAAGCGGCAGGCCAGGCACUCCCUCUGGUUCCAUCUCUACCACAAUGGGCCCGCCCACACGCUGAUCGGCGAGGCGGAGAUGGAGAUCGGUGAGAUGCCGCGCCCUAUUACCACCUGGAUACCGCUCUCGGACUCUCGCAAGUGCAAUGCCCGCUGGGGCGAGCUGAUGUUUUCCCUGAGCUACCUGCCCACGGCGGAGCGUCUCACCAUUGUGGUGGUCAAGGCCCGGAAUCUCAAGCUGGACUCGGAGCAGCCCCCAGACACCGUGCAGAGUGUCUUUGUCAAGGUCUACCUGAUGGACAACGAUCGCAAGGUGCUGAAGAAGCGCACCUCGCUGAAGCGCAAGGAUCGGAGUCCCAUCUUCAAUGAGUCCAUGAUAUUCAAUGUGCCGCCACCGAGCCUGACCACUGCCCAGCUCCGGCUCACUGUGUUCGGGGUGACCAGCGGUGGUGGUGGUGGAGCUCCUGUGGCCCUGGGUCAUGUCGUUGCCGGCAGCUGUGCAGUGGGCAAGGGUUUGCGUCACUGGCACCAGAUGCUUUCGUCGCUGCGCAAACCGGUGGCCAUGUGGCAUGUCCUGCGGCGGGCUGUCAAUCAGCCGGUGUUUACGGGCGGCGCCGAGGCGGUGGUGGCUGCCAUGCAAAACACACUGCAGCGGUCCAGCGCCAAGCGGAACAGCAUUGUCUAGGAUGCAGCUAUGAUGCAGCGGCUCCUCUGAUCGUUAGGCACAAAUUUUCCGCCU